GUUUUAACAGUACGAGAAAACAAUCCAACGAACAAGAUGAUGAAACUUAUUGUUGUCCUCGCCGCACUCGUCGCCAUCACUGCUGCCAAGCCUGCCUUGGUGAGCGCACCUUUAGUGGCUGCAGCCCCAGCUGCGGUCGUCACGGCAACUAGCUCGCAGUAUUACCACCGCAUCAACAAUGGACUAGCUGCCUACGUUGCUUCUCCUGCCGCCUACGUCGCUUCUCCUGCCGCCUACGUUGCUUCUCCUGCCGCCUACGUCGCUUCUCCUGCCGCCUACGUUGCUUCUGCUGCUGCUCCCUACGUUGCUGCUCCCUACGUGGCUUCUCCCUACGUAGCAGCUUCAGCUCCCAUCGUUGCCGUCUAAACCACAUUACUUCGCUUCGUGAUACCUUUGUGAAAUAU